UUUGAAUUUCGGGGCCGAGAUCGGUGUCAACUGCUUGGACGACCGGCGAUGAACCCCAUGAUGCCGCCGGACCCGGCGGACCUAAAGGGGCUGACGUCUCGAUGCAUAGACCGCAGCUACGAUUCCCUGUACAACCUCACCACGUCCCUGCCAAACACACCAUCCGAGGAGCGCCGAGAUGUCGCGCUGAAACAAUUGCACGACACAUACGCAACCUUCAAGAAACUGUUGGUGCUCACUCGUUGGUCGGUGCAAAGUCCGCUCACCGACAAGUGUGCCGAGCUGCUGCAAGAAGCUCAGACGUUCCAAGACCAGGCCAAUGAAACGAACGACCGGUUGUAUUUCCUCCAUCGCGACCUUGACCGCGCCAAGGAGCGCAAGUAUGACUUGACGACUGCGAUCGAUGUGCUGUACGGCGGCACGUACAACAGGUUGCCUCGUGUCAUCAACUACGCGAUGCAUCCCCGCGAAUUCCCACCCGUCGACGAGGAAGCGAGCAUCGCCGAGCUCGACGCGGUCCUUCGGUUUCGUCUGAUUGAAGAAACUAUUCCCGACAAAUUCACCGACAUCAACGUCCAAGAUGGGUUUGUGACUGCUCACGCAGCCGGCGAGUUUGACAUGGUGUUCACUGUGGACGGGACCAAACCUGAGAGUCUCUGGCUGGUCGCGAGUGUCCACACCGUGCUGACGGACCCCACAGCGCUCGCCACAUACAAACAUCUUGCGAGCACGUCCAGCCUUCGCAUCAUCCAAAGCAACGCGCCAACGGACACACACUACAUGCAGCUCAAGAUCCUGAUCCAGAAGCGACUCAAUCACUCGACGACGCCGCUUCUUGACGCGUGCAACAUCAUGGCCGACUUUUGCUGCAGCCUUGCCCUGCGCAUCCUCGACGCUCAAGGCCAACUCUUGGUCGAGACACGAUGGCCCCACGGCGUCUCAUUCGUCAACCACGACGACGUAAACACCCUCGACAUCGUGUACUGGACUGACAACAACACAACGCUGCCGUAUGUGCAGUCGUCCGCACCAGGGACGUUUUCGAUUGAAGAAAUGCGGACCCGCAUGCACCCGGAUUCGCUUGCGUACCCCACGAACGGGUGCAGCCUUCGCUUGCAACCACGCAUGGGCGGGGACUCGCCAGGCUUGUUCAGCCUCCAGCUGUUUCCCGCUCCACCCGCCGCUCUUCUCAAGCGAUACCCGACACUCCUCGAUCGAGCACUCGCCGUCCCGGCCAACUUGUUCUCCCUCAGCGCAGAUCACUUCCUCCUCGGCUCGAUGCAAGUGCACGCGGCGUCGGCGUUGUUCUGCCUGGAGCGCCACUUGCUCGUGGAUGACAAAACAGUGGUAAUCGAAGGCACGUACUCGGAACAGCGGCUCACGACUGGCACAGCGGUCCUUGUGGCCCGGUCGCCACGAACCCUGCGCCUCUCCCGCGUCGACAGCACCGGCUGCACGCCGCUUGAAGUGUCGUGGGACUUGAGAACUGGUCGCUUUGGCGUGUUUUGCUUGGCGAAAGCACCUUCGGUGGUCGUCGCCGUGCGCCACUUGGAGAUUUUGCUCCAAACGCGGUGUAAAGUCCAGUUGCCAGGGGUGACUGUCGCGGGCGAGCUUUCUCUGACGUUCCUCACGCAAAACACAGAUAGCGACAAGACGACUGUGACAAACGAUGCGUCGGAAGUCGUAGCCGCCGUCGCGGCCGUGCUGCGCCAAGUGGUGGCGUCUGAGCUGGUCACGUUUGCCUCGUCCUGCUCCAACAUGCAUGUGGCGCGCGUGCGAGAUCGACACGCUGCUGCCAUCGACUCUCUCGGCCUGUCGCCUGACGCCAUAUUCGUUCAGCUCGUGCGAAGCAAGGACGCAGCGGUGUUCUUAGUCGUGGAGCUCGAUAGAUUUAGCCAGGACGACGACGCGCCUCAGCGACCGCUUCGACGACGCCACGUUGGUUCACUCGACCUCGUCGAUGAAGACGACGAGUACAUUCGGUCACCUGUGUUUUCCGUGGUGCAACUCGCGGACCGUUCUGCGCUAGCGUCGACGACGUCCGUGCGCUUCUUCGAGAGGUUGCCUGUCGUUCGCCGCACGGACGUCUUUGCUGGCAGCGGCACCUCGUUUGGAUCGAGAAAGCGCAAGCGCCGAGAUCUGCCGUUCUUGUCGGCGCUGCUUGUUCACAUGGCCGCGCUCGGCCACCAACGAGCGCACUGGCACGCCAUCGACGCGUUUGCUAGAAAGUACAAUGCGUCGUUGACCACUUCAACAACCUUGUCCCGUUGCAAACAAUUCACCGACUCGACGGUCGACGGGGCGUUGGACUCGAGAGCGUUGCUGCCGUCCCGUCCCUCAUCGAUCGUGGCGGUGUCAAUCCCGUUUCCAGACCGCAUCCAGACGAAUCCACAGCUUGCCAUACACAGCUUGGAAGCGCGUCUGGUGUGCAUUCAUGGUUCCACGGCGUCCAGCACUGCCGAGAUCACAAUGCGCGUGGCAGCGCCUCCCUUUGCGUACGUCUUGUUGGCGCCGACCCUCGCUUCGCACGUGCCGACCAUGCGCGGAAGAUCCUUCACUUGCGCCGCCCGACCGAACGGCGACCUCGUCUACCAAUCGAGUUCGACGAACCACAAAUUCCAGGCCAACUUGAUCGAUGUCGUGGUCGCGAACGUGAUGCUCCAUGUAAAACCCAUGGCCGAUCUCGGCCGUCGGCUCGAGCGGACCCUUGGCGCGCUGAUGAGGUACCGAUCCGCGCCGGCCGGACAUUUUUACGCCGAGCGCGCCGACCCGUUCAAGUUUACGCUGGCAUGCCAGACGCACGAAAACGCCGUCGCCCGCAUUCACAUCGAGCACAAGGUGGUCCACCAGUUUCCCCGUGGGGCGUUUGUCCUGACGAGUUCCCCACAUCAUGUGCUUCUACCGUUUUUGCAAGAUGCGUUCAACUCACACAAGUCGUCGGCGCAGUUGUUGGAAGUCCUAGAGCGGACGACGGUCCCGCUGACCAUGCUCUCGCGCGCGAUGGCCGCCCAUUCGGCGGCCAAGACGACGUUGACAGGGUCGUCCGCGGAGGCGGGGCUCGAGAAUCCGUACCCAACCUUUGUGCCAUCCAACCUCGUUCUCGUACCUCGGUCGCAGACGCACCUUCGUCUUACGUAUGGCGACCGAUGCGCAGUGGACGUGAUCUUCUUGGCGGACCACCAAAUCAAAAUUCAAUGCGCCCCGGCCAGCUUGGUGCCUGUCCCGAGCUAUUCCAAGCCCGGGGGAGCCACUGUCGACCGCGCCGCGUUCUACGAUACCCUCCGACUGUCCCUUUUCCCUGAGAUGGCGGCGGUAUGAAGGCGGCUUUGCCCAGCACUGACUGCUUCGUGAGUUGGAGCUGCAUGUUGGUUGACGGGGGCCGUGUGCACCAAAGAGAUUAAUAUAUGCGAAAUGGCCCAUUUUUGAAGAAUUUUUG